UCUACCAACGGACCCAGCCAGGUGCCCCGGGAUUUUUAUCAGUUGAAAGAAACAAAAACUCAGCUCAAACCAGCCUACAAAUAAUAGAGAAUUUGUUGGGUCCUGUAGCUGAUGUUCAGAAGGUGAUUGUGGCUUCAGACCUGGCUGAAUCCAGGACUUCAGAUGAUCUCAUCUGAAUGGUCUCUCCGCUCUGCUUUCUUCAUUAUUGGCUUCAUCUUAUAAGCAAGCUCUCCUCAUUAAUGGCAGAAAUGAUCUCCAGCCACUCUGGUUUGUACAUCCGACCAGCAAUGCAACCCCAGGGGAAAGAGCUACCCAUGAGAGCUCCAAAGAAGUCCCAGGCAUCACUGUCUCUGCUCUGCAGAGGGUCACAUGUCCAUAAGGACCCAGGACCUGGGUUUCAGUGAUGAGACAUGGGGUAUGAUGUAACCCGUUUCCAGGGGGAUGUUGACGAAGACCUUAUCUGUCCUAUUUGCAGUGGAGUCUUGGAGGAGCCAGUCCAGGCACCUCAUUGUGAGCAUGCUUUCUGCAAUGCCUGCAUCACCCAGUGGUUCUCGCAGCAGCAGACGUGUCCAGUGGACCGGAGCGUUGUGACGGUCGCCCACUUGCGCCCAGUACCUCGGAUCAUGCGGAACAUGUUGUCAAAGCUGCAGAUUGCCUGCGACAACGCUGUGUUUGGCUGUAGUGCUGUUGUCCGGCUUGACAACCUCAUGUCUCACCUCAGCGACUGUGAGCACAACCCCAAACGGCCUGUGACCUGUGAGCAGGGCUGCGGCCUGGAGAUGCCCAAAGAUGAGCUGCCAAACCACAACUGCAUUAAGCACCUGCGCUCCGUGGUACAGCAGCAGCAGACACGCAUCGCUGAGCUGGAGAAGACCUCAGCUGAGCACAAGCACCAGCUGGCGGAGCAGAAGCGAGAUAUCCAGCUGUUAAAGGCAUACAUGCGUGCAAUCCGCAGUGUCAACCCCAACCUUCAGAACCUGGAGGAGACCAUUGAAUACAAUGAGAUCCUAGAGUGGGUGAACUCCCUGCAGCCAGCCAGAGUGACCCGCUGGGGAGGGAUGAUCUCAACCCCAGAUGCUGUACUCCAGGCUGUAAUCAAGCGCUCCCUGGUGGAGAGUGGCUGUCCUGCCUCUAUUGUCAACGAGCUGAUUGAAAAUGCCCACGAGCGUAGCUGGCCCCAGGGUCUGGCCACCCUAGAGACCAGACAGAUGAACCGGCGCUACUAUGAGAACUACGUGGCCAAGCGUAUCCCUGGCAAGCAGGCUGUUGUCGUGAUGGCCUGUGAGAACCAGCACAUGGGUGAUGACAUGGUGCAGGAACCAGGGCUUGUCAUGAUAUUUGCGCACGGCGUGGAAGAGAUAUAGGAGAUCUCGACGGGCUAGCAGGAAGAGAUGGCAAUCAGAAAACCCAUCACUCCAGCAGCUGGUCCCUGAGUCCUCCCUACUAUUCAUAGUACCGUGGCUUACACAUGGGCCACACGUUUCCCUACUCUUCUGGCACUGAAGGGCCCAGGGCACUUUGCUCAACCUUUCAGGUGGGAAACCCAGAUUCCUUCCUUUUGCCUGAUUUCUUCCCCUAAGAUGUCUGUAAAUUUUCAGUCAGUUUGGGAAAGUCCCCACCUCUAUAUCUGUUUUCCUGCCUAGGGUCCCUGGUUCUAGAUAUUUUUAGAAAGCACAAAGAAUUCAUUUUCUCUAGAGGAUCAGGGUGGAGUGAGGAAUAUCUAAUCGUUCCCCCUCCUCCAAAACCAGGGAAUCGGAGCAGGCAGGCUGGUUGACACUAAACAGCAUGAGAGGGCAGCUCUGGGGAGCAGACAUCCUGAAGAAAUGGUAGGGAUGGAAUCAAAAACCCUAGAAAUUAGCAAUGAGGCCAGUAACUGGCCCCCUUAGGGGAAGACUGGACCUCUGUGCCAAGCAAUAUCCUGUCCGGCCCACCUUACAGGUGUAGGCUCCUGCUGGUUCUGCAGGUGUGCAGGUUGGGAUGCUGAAAAUUUCUAGGUGACUCUUCUUUCCUACAUUUUUUCAUAACUAGGGAAUGACAGGGUUGGGGGUAGGGGAUUAGUCUGUUGGGGUGGAUGUGCUCAGCAAGAAGCAGCUCUCUGGCUUUUGCUGAAAUCAGGUAGGCACUGCCUCUGGCAUGGGCUGUAAUAGUUCAUAGACCCUCUCCAGCCCUGUGAUUGUAACUAGUUAUUUUGAUAAUUUCCUUUGGCCAUUGUUGUUUGUAUUUCCUUCCUUUCCUUCCUUCCCACCUUUUUUUUUUUUUUUUUUUUUUAGAAUGGCCUGGUUAUAGCUACCCCACUUUUCCAGCCCGGCCACAUUGUUGGCAAUCUAAUUUAUUUACUUUUUUUUUAAGAAAGGAAAAAGAAAAAAAAAUUAACAAAGCUGAAAACUUUCUUUUUGAUGUUCCUAUUGUGGGGAUUCUGGAUAGGGUGGGACAGGGAUGGGAUCUGUUUUAUAUUUUUCCUUUUCAGCACAACCUUUGGCUUUAAUAUAGGAAGGGCCAAGGGAGUCCUCGGCUGAACCUUUGUCUGCCCCAACCCUCCAUAAGCCUGUCUGAGAGGCGCUUCCUCUCUUCAGUGAUGGCUGUGACAGUCCAUCAAUGCCUGUGCCCUCUGGAGAACUUUGCUCCCACCUCUUCCAUGAGUCUCCUUGUCAAACUUUGUAUUGAUAGAGUAUUAAUUUUGAAGACUCUUCCAUCCCCCAACCCUCAGUUUCCUUGGAGAUACAUAGUUGGAUUCUAAGCUUCACGAGCCACAAUGGGAGAGAUGUGUCUCUGAGUACAGGCAGUGCUCUGGUCUCACCCAUGCCCUCUAGGGACUUCAGCGCCAUUUGAGGCUACCCGGGCAUUCCUCAGUCUCUAGGGUGGCUGAUAGAGUGAGAGAAAACAGGGGAGGGAUGGAGAGGAGGUGAUUGAUUGUUUUAAUAGGCAGGUCGGAGUGGGGUUGACGAGAUAUGGCCAUAUAACGGCUUCUUCUCUCUUUUGGAGUUUUAUUCCAGGUCAGCUUGCUGUAGGUCUGGGGAGAUGGGUCAUGGCUCCACUGGGAAUGGGGUGGAGGAGUACAGCUUGAAGGGAGUAGGGAACAGUCCUGAGUUCAGCUCCAGGACAUUGUGCUCAGGAACUUGAAAACGCUGCUAUACUUAGUCUGGUUACUACAUCUCUUCCACUCCCCUCUGCCCCCGCCUGCCUUACCAAGGCCCUCCUGUUGUCACCCUCAGACAGAGCCAGGAAGCUCAUUUAAGGCUUCCCUCCCCGUCGCACUAGCGUCUCUGUGGGUUGCUGGUGGUGUUAUACGUGCUGUUCCACAGUGUUGACUGCACUAAUAAUAAACCUUUUACUCAACUCUCAAUUCUUAAUCCAACAUCACUCCCUUUCUUGUGAAGCUUUCUCCUCUGCUUUGGCUUUUCUUUCACCUUGAUUCCCCUUAUUUCUUGCUUUAUAACCUGCCCUUGUCUUAGAACUAACUGCUGUUCUAAGAGGAUGUCUGUCUGGGAGCAUACCCCCCACUUUUUUGCCCUUUAUGACCUCCUCCUACCUUCCCUCCUAUCUCCUGUUCUGUAGCAGCCAACACAUUUUCUCCAGUGAUCUCAACUGCAUUCUUUCCACAGUUUGCCUUUGCCCCAAAUUCCAUGUCAUCCCUAAGUGCUCCUGGAGUUUUAGGACAGUUUCGACAGAGGAUAUGCCUGCACCCUUCUCCCUUGUCCCACAAGCACCUUUUGCUUUGGAAUCCAAGAUUCCAUCACCAAACAUGAGGAAGGGAGCCUGAGGUGACUGUACUGCUGUGGUUGUCAAAUCUCAACAAAGCCUUACAUAAGCAUUUGCUAUCACCUCCUCCCAGUCAUGAGAAAAAAGAAAUCUUUUCCCCUCGUAGUGUAUUUCAAAUUUGUUGAGCAUUUAUGAUGUAUUUAAUGUAAAUCCUUUAGCACUCUGGAUACUCUACUGGGGCUAAAAAGCAAAAGAGCACAAGGACAUCCCUGCACCUACUGAGUCCAUUAUACUUGCAUGUACACAAGGUCUGAUUAUAAAAUACAUCACUAAGAGGCAACAUGUAUAGUAUCUAUUA